GCGCCGCGGCGGCGGUCGGGCGCCGCGAGAUGGCCGACCUCAUAACAGGCAACUACUCUAACUACAGUUUGUACGAAACUUUCGUGCUCGAUAACUUCACGUACCCGAACCUCACGCUCGUCGAUUAUGUCGCGGAUCAAGUAGCGAGCUCGCUGAACAUCUACUACACUCCCAUGUUAGUCCUUCUCGGACUUCUGGGAAAUGGAAUGUGCGUUUCCGUCUUUUUCACCAGCAAGCUCCGACUGCAAUCGACCAGCCAGUACUUGUCCGCGUUGGCGAUCUCAGAUUCCGUAUUUCUAGUUCAGCUUCUGCCCCCGUGGUUGAACGCGUUGGGUAUAACGGGGGUUUUCCACGAACCGGGCUUCUGUCAAGUUUUCGUAUACACCUCGUACGUGACGAGCUGCUUGAGCGCGUGGCUGGUGGUGGCGUUCACGGUGGAGCGGUUCGUGGCCGUGCUGUACCCGCUGCGCAGGAACGCCGUGUGCACGGUGGCGCGCGCGCGGCACAUCAUCGCGUCCAUCGUGCUGGCCUCGCUGCUCAUCAACCUGCCGGUGCUGCGCUUCGCGACGCCCACGACCAACGACUGCAACAUCGACUACAACUACCUGGAGCACGCGGCGCGGUUCAACAUCAUCGACACGGGCGUCUCGUUCACGCUGCCGCUGCUGGUGAUCGUGGUGCUGAACUCGUGGAUCAUGGCGGGCGUGUGGCGGCUGGAGCGCGCGCGCACGCAGCUGGUGAAGGCGGAGCGGCCGGCGGGCCGGCGCGUGGCGCGCGUGGUGGGCUGCCCGCGCUCGCAGAACCGCAUCACCCGCAUGCUGCUGAUCGUGUCGUCCGUCUUCGUGGUGCUCAACCUGCCCGCCUACACGAUGCGCAUCCUGGCGUACGCGCUGCACAUGACCACAAACGACUACAGCGGGCGGUGGUCGGCGCUGCAGCAGGUGGCGAUCCUGUUCUUCAACAGCAACUUCGGGAUCAACUUCGUGCUGUACUGCCUGAGCGGGCAGAACUUCCGGCGCGCGCUGCUGCAGACGUUCCCGUGCCUGCGCCCGCGCGCGCGCCGCGCCGUCGCACUGCGGCGCCCCACCGCCUACCACCCCGCGCGAGCCAGCAGCGUCGUCUCAACGUCGUUCGUGAGCUGCACGGAGGCGACGACCAACUGCGCCGUGGUGAGCGUGGGCCCGUCGAGCGGCGCGGGCCCGGCGGCCGGGCCCUCGGGCGCGGGCCCCGCGGGCCGGUCGCGCCGCCGCGAGCGCUUCAUCAGCCGCUGGACCUUCGACAACUCGCGCCACCGCCAGCCCGGCCUCGGCCCUGCUCCGCCGACAUCUGAACGUAUAGAACUACAAAACUUUCCAACCAACUGA